AUGUUCAAAAACCAGACAUUUCCACCCUACUUCAAGAGGCCUGCCGUGGCUGUCGUUUGUCUUUGCAUUGUGUUUUGGGCAACAAUCUCACUCCAUCCCCGAGGGUUCAUCUAUAACGUGAAGCCGAUUGUCCUGUUUGAUGAUGCACCACAAUAUGCCUUCGCCACGAUAUUGACUGCCGAAGGCGAUGCCGAGUACCCAGACGUUGAAGAACCGUACCUAAAAGCAGCAAGAUUGCUUACCUACCAACUACUUCACAACCCUCGUACUCGCAACGGUAGUGUUGAGAUUCCACUCCUUGUUCUCGUGACACCCGAUGUCCCGCAAAACCACCGAGAUAUCCUCGAGGAUGAUGGAGCAACUAUAGUACCAGUUGAAAGUCUGGGGCGUGACUGGAUCCAUCCAAAAUGGGGUCGCUGGAGUAAUGUGCUCGCCAAGUUGAAUCUAUGGAAUCUCGAAAAAUACGACAAGAUCGCCUUUCUCGAUGCAGACUCCGUCAUUUUCCGCCCGAUCGAGGGCAUAUUCGAGAGCCCACAGACCGAUGUUCGCCAGACACUCACGUCCAAAGUUAACACAACAUCCGAGUUGCCAGAACACUACAUGAUCGCUGGUAUACACGAUCCUUGGAUGGAAUUGAACAUGCCCCCGGUGAAAGGACAGGAGUUUUACGAAAAGAACAACUACAUGAACGCAGGAUUUUUCGUUUUGAGUCCGUCGAAACCAUUAUUUGACUACUAUGUGUCUAUUCUGGACACGCCCGACCAAUUUGACUCUGCGUACCCUGAGCAGAACCUACUCAACUGCGCUCAUCGAACGGAUGGAUCAAUGCCGUGGCAAGACCUUGGCCCUGGGUGGAAUUUGAAGGGAGGGUCUCGGUUUGAUUAUGAAGCAGGACUCAUGUCCAUCCAUCACAAGUGGUGGCGACCCAUAGGCGAUGAGUUUAUGGCUGAAAGAAUUGCUGAAGCAAUGGAAGAGAUGAGAAUCCAUCUUAGAAUAUUGGAGGAGCAAGGAGAAGUUCAAUUUUGA